ACGUUAUCGGUUUGUUGUGCAAGACAGGUCUACUUCCAUAGACCGGGUGACAAAUAUCACGUAUAGCCUCACUUCACACGCAGUCCCGGGUCACGGUGCCCUAACAGGAGAGGACUCUUUCAACGCCGUCCUGCGAGGUCAACCCGAUAACAGCGCACUGCACAGUGACUUGCACAUUAGGCUAGCAGAUCACCAGCAAUGGAGACUCUCGUGGAUGCCUUCAACGACCUGGACACAUCACAGAAAGUAUAUGCUGUCGGAGGCGUUGUGGUAGCUGUAGGGUCGGUCGUCGCUCUCAGGAAACUGUUUUUCAAAGAGGCAAAAGCAAAGAAGAACUAUCCCCGAGAUACAGUGAUCUUUCAUCAGAUCGGUAGAGGUCUCUAUGCCCCAAGCUUGUCGCCAUUUGUUAUGAAGCUUGAGACCUAUCUCCGGAUGGCCAAAAUACCCUACCAGAACGUCCAUGGGUUGGUGCCAUCAUCAAAGGGCAAAUUCCCCUGGAUGGAGUACAAUGGGCAGGAGGUAGCGGACACAACACUGUGUAUCAACUUCCUCAACGAGAAGCUGGGGGUGGACCUCAACAGGAAUCUGAGUCCUGCUGACAGAGGUGUAGCUCAGGCAAUGCAGGUCAUGGCGGAAGAACAUCUGUUCUGGUUUAUCGUUCUCUUCCGAUGGCAAUUUGACAACGACAAAUCUUUGAUAUUAAAGACAUUUAAGUUCGGGAGAUUUGCGACGUGGAUGGUUGGACGAAAUCUCAAAAACCAACUAUGGAAUCAGGGUUUGGGCCGACACACAGAAGCGGAGAUAACUUGGAUGUUUAAGAAGGAUCUACAAUCCCUCUCCGACUUCAUAGGGACGAAGAAGUUCCUGAUGGGGGACGAGCCCUGUGAGACGGACUGCACAGUGUUCGGUCAGCUGUCAUAUAUCUACUGGCAGUUCAUGGGCACCAGGCAUGAGAACAUCAUUAAGGACAAAUACCCCAACCUUGCCGCCUACUGUGAACGUAUGAAGGACGCAUUCUGGCCCGACUGGGACCAGUGCAUCACACACGGUGGAACAAGGGAGGCAACAAAGUAAUAACUGCAAAUACCGUUUUCUUCCAAGGAGCUUUAGCUUUUAAUUAUUAUUAUGUUCGGGUUUAGCUUCAUAUGUUUUUUGCUAUGAUAUCUAUUCAAACAUAGCUCAAUACAAAGUACAUGAAUCAGACGUGACUGUAAUGGUUAUCAACUCGAUUAAUUCAUCCUUUCGACUAGAACUGAACUUCGCUGGCAUAUUUUGUGCCUCGACCCUGGUGCACAGAACGACCUUAACACUUAGACUACUCUAACUUCACUUACUUAAUCCCAGACUCAUGAUGAUUGUAGCGAUAAGUACACUUAGUGCAAUGAGGUCCUGACUAAAAAUGAACUGUAUAAAUAAUAUAAAACAUUUCCCCAAACAUUAUCGUUCGUACAGAUAGGGAGGGGGGCACGGGUGGCCCAGUCGUCUAAGGCGCCGCGAUUCGCUGUGCAGAGUUGCGUCCCUUUGGCACGCCAGAAACCUAUGAUUGUGGGUUCGAAUCCUGGUUCGCCCCAAUUAUGUUUC